UUUGCCAUGAUGUGAAAUUGCAAGCCGAGAAAGAUGAAUUAUCGCGAGAGUUCACUACACAUCGCAUGUACAAGACCACAACGCAGUGGUCACACUAAAACCUGCUUGCGUUUAGCCAUUAGAUGAUGAAUUGAAGCAUUUUAAUACAAUGUCUACGUUUUGCUAUGCGGGUCCCCAAAAUGAAAACCCCACUCACUAUUUAAGGGUUGUUGUUUGUGUAAGUUAGCCCCCAUUGUGCUCGGGUAGCAUGUUAUUGUUAGCUAAAAGCUAACGACCGUUUCGCCGGUAGAUACACUUUACAUGUACUUUUCCAAUAUAUAUAUAUAAACAAACAUGAAAUGCCAUUACGACGUCUUGGGAGUGAAACGGGAAGCAGAUGAUGACGAUUUGAAGAAAGCUUACCGUAAACUGGCACUGAAAUGGCAUCCAGACAAGAACCUGGAUAAAGCCGAGGAAGCAGCCGAACGUUUCAAGCUCAUUCAGGCAGCCUAUGAGGUCCUAAGUGACCCCCAAGAGAGAGCAUGGUAUGACAAUCACAGGGAUGCUCUGUUGAAAGGUGGACUGAGCGGAGACUAUGAAGAUGACAGCAUCGACCUGGUCCAGUUCUUCACUGUCACCUGUUAUUCUGGUUACGGGGAUGACGACAAGGGCUUCUACACAGUCUACAGGAAUCUCUUUGAGUCUAUUGUGAAAGAGGAGAUGGAGCACAGAAGAGCGGAUGAUGAGGAUGAUGACGAGGAGUUUCCACCCUUUGGGGAUUCUCAGAGCGACUAUGACACAGUGGUGCACGCCUUUUACGGCUACUGGCAGAGCUUCUGCACACGCAAAAAUUUUGCCUGGAAGGAGGAAUACGACACCAGGCAGGGGUCCAACCGCUGGGAGAAGAGAGCCAUGGAGAAAGAGAACAAGAAGACCAGAGACAAGGCUCGGAAGGAGCGCAACGAGCUGGUGCGCCAGCUGGUGGCCUUUGUGCGCAAGCGUGACCGUCGAGUGCAGGCGCACCGCAAGGAGACGGAGGAGCGCAAUGCACAGAAGAGCAAGAAGGUGGAGGAGAUGAGGCGCAAGCAGAGGCUCAGUCAGGCUAAGCUGGCGGAGGGGUACAAGGAGCAGAGCUGGGCGGCCAUGUCGGAAUUGGAGAAGGAGCUGCAGCAGAUGGAGGCUCAGUACGGGGAAGAGUUCGGAGACGUGUCUGAGAGCGAGGGUGACGAGCCGGAGACUUUGGAGGAAGGACCGCGUGAGUCGGCUGUUUGCAUUCUUUAUGCCUACAUGUCUUGUUCUGUCUUUUCUGAGGACAUACCUGAUCCAACUCCAGAUGGAGAGCAACCAAAUGCAGACGUGGACUAUUACCUUGAUCUCUACUGUCCGGCCUGUGACAAAUCCUUCAAAUCGGACAAAGCUAUGAAAAACCACGAGAAAUCCAAAAAACACAAAGAGAUGGUUGCUUUGCUGCGGCAACAGUUGGAAGAAGACGACUCACUCGCAAUGACCCUGGAUGAGCAAGAUGGCAUUGAGGAGGAGGAGGAGGAGGAAGAUGAGGAGGAGGAGGACAAACCAAGACAAAAGCUGUCAAAAAGGCAGAAGAAGAAGAAGAGGCAGCAGAAAGCCGCAAGUAGCGCUCCAGUUGGGGAGGAAGUGGAAGUGGAAAAGGAGGAUCCGACGCCAACAGCAAGUGCUGAAGAUCCUCCUGAAGAGACUCCUGAGAUCUCGCCCAGCUCAGCAGUGGCCGAGGAACCAGAGCAUCUUCACCCCCCAACUGAAGCCAAGAGCUCUGCCAAGACCCAGCCAAAGCAGGCAGGAAAAGACACACCAAAGAACAUCAAAUCAUCACAUCCAGGAGAACAGUUUCCUGAGAAGGCAAUAAACCUCCGCUGUGUGACCUGUAAUGGAGACUUCCCUACGAGAAACAAGCUCUUUGACCAUCUGAAGUCCAGCGGCCAUGCCUCCGCUCUCUCCUCAAACGCCACCCCAGUCUCGGCCAGCAGGAGCAGAAAGGACAAACGCAAGAACAGAUGACGCAGUUUGAACUUUUGACUCCAGUUUGAUGCAAACUUGCUUUUCCCAUGACUACUAGGCUGGUGAUCCCAUUUGAGUCCUAACGCAAUGGCGCCCCCAUCCCCUUGGCUAGGACAUACAUGAUCAUUAAAACAUGGAAUGUUUUCAGAGUGUGACAGU